UUUAUUCUAGUUGGUUUGGAUGCUGCUGGUAAGACAACUAUUCUUUAUAAACUGAAACUAGGAGAAAUUGUCACCACAAUUCCCACUAUUGGUUUUAAUGUGGAAACAGUAGAAUAUAAAAACAUUUGUUUCACAGUUUGGGAUGUUGGUGGUCAAGAUAAAAUUAGACCUCUUUGGAGGCAUUAUUUCCAAAACACACAGGGCCUCAUUUUUGUGGUAGACAGCAAUGACAGAGAGAGAAUCCAGGAAGCAGCAGAAGAGCUGCAGAAAAUGCUUCAGGAGGAUGAGCUGCGAGAUGCAGUGCUGCUUCUGUUUGCAAACAAACAAGAUCUGCCAAAUGCCAUGGCAAUCAGUGAAAUGACAGAUAAAUUAGGUCUUCAGUCUCUGCGUAACAGAACUUGGUAUGUCCAGGCUACCUGUGCUACGCAAGGAACUGGUCUGUAUGAGGGACUUGACUGGCUGUCAAAUGAACUCUCAAAACGCUAACUCAAACUGGAUGACACUUUCACCAGGGACAUGUUUGAUAUAAGUGGUCUAGGCUUGUUACAACAAAAUUAGUUUGCAUCUUGGUUAUUACAGUAUCUGGAACUGAUAUUUGGGCAGGAUAUUACAGCGUUUCAACUUAUUUUGUUGCCAAUUAUUGUUUACCGAGCUACAUGUUGCAAAGGUAGCAAUAUGCUUGGGUAAAAAUCUCCUUAACUUGGAAAAAGUGUAUCUUCCAAUUUUAUUUCCCUUGUUAGCAUAAAUGCCUGAAUAUAGUUAUUGUGACAUCUUUAAGAUCAGUUUUGAAUACUCUUUUUGAACCCAAAUAAAUUAAUGUUUUAAUUUUUUUUUCUCCCUGCUACUUUUAGUUUACUGAUGCCCUGUUUCAUUCCUCAGACAGUCUGCUGAUUUAAAAAUGUAGCAUUCCAUAUGUAUUUAUUUCUCUCCCUUGCCAAAAAGAAUUCCUAAUACUGCUUGUUCCAGCCAAGGAAAUGCUCUAAAACACUAUACAAAUCUACUGCACUGAGGAACAUUUUAUUAAUCCUUGGGUUCUGUCAGCCCAACUUGCCUUUGUGUGAAUUGGAUUUGAUGGGUAGAAUAGUUCUGUGCUGGUUGCGAAGAGCUCAUGUUGAGGUUGUUUUUAAUAUUCAGCAGAUUGUCUUCCUUUAUAUUGUAUCUUUUUUUUUUUAUGUUGCAUGUUGCUUUUUGGUAUCAGCCUGACUAUUUUUGCCCAGUGUAUAAUAGUUCUGCUGAAGUUUUACUGUUUGUUGGUGAACAUAUCUUCAUAAAGAAAUUUUGGAAAAUUCAUCAAACUCAAUGGAUUAGUUUCUUCAUAACCCACUUGGAAUUAUUCCUAAUAAAAUGAUAAAAUGUAUAGUUCUGUGUAUGCUCUUCCUGAUUCCUGAAAUAGUUGAACUGCAAGUUACCACUUAAACUUUUUUUCCAUAUACUGAGCUUUCCUGCAGCUUGAAUGUGAACAUCAGUCUCAGAUUUUCACUUGUUUGGAGCUAUGUAGAGUGGGAGACGAAAGGUGGGCAACAGUUGUAUACAGUGCAGUAGAGUAGCCAUCAUCAAGACUUACAUGAUUCUGUAAGUGUCUUUUGAAGUUGUAAAUCUAAAAUUCUUUUUAAGAUGUCCAGAUAUGAGAAUACUAACAGUUACAAAAAUUGUAAUAAACGAAAUACGAACUGCCUGAAAAGCA